AGAACUGCCUCCAGCGGUUGGACAAGCUAAGCACAGUUUUGUCUAGUAAAACUCUUGUUAACGCUUUACCCAUCAUCUGUCUGCUCGGAGAACAGGUUCACCCAUCAAAAAUAGAUAUUUCAAUUAAUUUUAAAAUAUCUCCGGUGAUGAUACGUGUGUGUUAAUCACUGGCGCGGCGCGUGAAAGUUGAUGGUGGGCUGCCUCAGUCUCAAAAGUUCUCACAAGUUGUUCAAACAGGAGAAGAGAUAAUGCUUCUUCAACGAGACGAGCUUCAAUGAAAGAAUGAUUUCGUUCGUCAGUGGUAGGUGGUGGAGAUGGAGGUUCCAGAAAGCUCUCCCAGUUUUCCUGGUUCUGCUCUGCUUUUCGACCACAGUAGCACAGAGCUGCCAGAGUAGCGUCAGCUGCAAUGUGGUGCUCACUGACUCCCAGGGCUCUUUUACCUCCCCCUGCUACCCCAAUGACUACCCAUCCAGUCAGGCCUGCAAGUGGACCAUACAGGCCCCGACUGGCUUUAUAGUGCAGAUCACCUUCCUAGAUUUUGAGCUCGAGGAAGCACCCGGCUGCAUCUAUGACCGCAUCGUCAUCAACACUGGCACGAGCGAUGCCAAAUUUUGCGGCUUAACACCCAAUGGACUAACUCUCAACUCCAGUGGCAAUGUGAUGGAGAUUUCCUUUAACUCAGACUUUAGUGUCCAAAAGAAAGGCUUCCAUAUCAGUUACAAACAAGUGGCUGUGGCACUGAGGAACCAGAAGGUCACAAUGCCAAAAAGCAGCAAGAAUGUAGUGAGAGUGGCCAAUUCAGUCUCCAUUCCUGUUCUCACUGCAUUCACUGUGUGCUUUGAGAUCUCCCGCACUGCCCAGAAGAGCACAGAGACUAUCUUUACCAUGUCUGAUGCUGAUGGCACAUCCAUUUUGGCAUUGGAGAAGACAGACAAAGGCAUGGAGCUGUUCAUUGACCGCUCCUACUGCUCUGUAAACGACCUGUUCACCAGCUCAGACAUCACAUCCAGCAUGAUGCCCAUCUGCCUCACCUGGACCAAGGCCACCGGCCUUGUGGCAGUGUACUUUGGAGGCGACUAUCAAACCAAAAUCUGCGCAGCCUCUCAGGUUUACACCUUGCCGAGUGGGGGAAUCCUCGAACUUGCAGGAAAAGGGUCAAGCUCGGUCAGUGUGGAUGAUCAGAAUUUGGAUGGCUUCAUGUACAAUUUCCGAUUGUGGGAUUACGCCAUGCCGUACUCUGAGCUGUCUGUCCUCACCUGUGACGUCGAGGGAAACGUCAUUGACUGGGAUCAUCGCUUCUGGACUAUGCCAGGCAGUUAUAUGCAGACUGACAGCACUCUCAGCUGUAUCUGUUACCCAAAUUGCAUUCACUUAACAGCUUCAACUAGUGGCACUGACAUAGCAACUCUUACCCCGGGAACCACGGGUUGUGCUUCCUCUGGACUUGGCUGCCCAGCACCAACUACAUCACCUUUAAUUCAGUCUAACCCACCACCCAUCAACCCUGCUGCUGCUACUAACUCAACUCUGUCCAACCGCAAAACCAAUGAGGAUAUUUUCUACAGAAUAUCCCUAGUGGUUAUUGAUGAACAAGCAAACACAGCAGACAGGGAUGCUAAGACGAUGAUAUCUCAAUGGCUCAAUCAAACAUUUCAAAACUGGAUCUACAGAGUUUAUGUUGAUAGUGUCAGUCUCCAACCUAGCACUGUUCUCUCAAGGGCCACAAAUAUACGACAAACCUACAUGGCCCUGCUGGUGUAUAAGAAUACCACAGAUGUAAGUCUGGCAGAAGCAGAGAUUGAGGACAUAUUGAGAAGUGCCCCUGCAAUUGGCAAUGGCUUGAUAUUGGACGGUGUGAUUGUGAACUUAAUGGAAAACUGCCAGGCCGAGGAGUUCCCAUUUCACUACAGAUGGCCAGAGAGCAGACCCACUGUCACCCAGUACGUCCCCUGUUUCCCUUACAAAGAGCAAAACGCAUCCAGGACUUGUAUGAUUAGCCAGUAUAAUUAUACAUCAUAUUGGACCCUCCCAGACCGUGGAAACUGCACUAACAUAACAAGCAUUUCAGUUUCACAAGAGAAUGCAAUGGAAGUGGCUGUGCAGCUCGCUGACCUCACCAAUAAUGAGCUCUCUAACGAGGAGGUGACACAGGUUGUCUUCAAGGUGAAUGAGCUUGUGAACAUAGCCAAAAUCAACGCCACCCUGGCCAGCACUGUGGUCACUAUCAUCUCCAAUGUCAUGAUCAGCUCAAAGGCGGCUCAAAAGGAAUCCUCAGAGACAGCUCUCAAAGCAGUGGAUAAAAUGGUACAGAAGAUUGAGUUUGAUGGACCCUUACUAACCAUCUCAUCCAAAAAUCUGGCUGUUGGAGUUUCUGCUCUAAACAUCAGCAAUUUUAAUGGGACCACUUUCAGUGCAUUUAUAGCCACAAACACAACAGAGCCUCAGAUUGAUUUUGAGUCAGAAGCCCAGAAUGCUUUGGCUGUGGUCACUCUACCUCCAACACUACUGCAGAACUUGAGUAAUUCACUUAAAGUGUCCAGAAUAAACUUCAUGUUCUUCAGCAAGACAGGACUCUUUCAGCACUUUGGAUCAUUCAUGGAUCAGCAAAGUAACGGCAUGUCCUUGAACAGCUAUGUGGUGGCUAGCAGUGUUGGCAACUUCACAAUCAAAAACCUGCAGGAUCCUGUCAAAAUAGAGAUUGCCCAUCUGGAGUACCAGAGAGAUCCAAAGCGUCUUUGUGUAUUUUGGGAUUUCAGCCUCCAAAAUGAGGAUAGCAUAGGGGGCUGGAACAGUGAAGGCUGCGAGGUCAGUCCGGAGUCCAACAGCAACAGGACCGUCUGCUUGUGUAAUCACCUCACACACUUUGGCAUUCUAAUGGACAUCUCUGGAGCUUCUGCACAGAUAGAUGAGAAGAACAACAGGGUUCUCACUUUCAUUACCUACAUUGGCUGUGGCAUUUCAGCCAUUUUUUCUGCAGCAACACUUCUCACGUACAUCGCUUUUGAGAAGCUGCGGCGAGACUAUCCCUCUAAGAUCCUGAUGAAUCUCAGCACAUCAUUGCUCUUCCUCAACAUGGUGUUUCUUCUGGAUGGCUGGUUGACCUCAUACGAGAUUGAGGGAUUGUGUGUGACAGUGGCUGUUUUUCUGCACUUUUUCCUUCUAACUUCCUUCACAUGGAUGGGCUUAGAGUCCAUCCACAUGUACAUUGCCUUGGUCAAGGUCUUCAACACCUACAUACGGAGAUACAUCCUCAAAUUUUGCCUCGUUGGAUGGGGUGUCCCUGCUUCAAUUGUUAGCAUUGUGUUGGCUGUGGGCAAGAAUUCUUAUGGAAAAAACUAUUAUGGAAAAGGAGAGACUGGUCAGGGCCCCGAAUUCUGUUGGAUUCGUAGUCCGGUUGUAUUCUACGUGACAUGCGUGGGCUACUUUUCCAUGAUAUUCCUGAUGAAUGUUGCCAUGUUCAUCGUGGUCAUGAUCCAAAUCUGCGGUCGUAACGGCAAACGCAGCAAUCGAACACUUCGAGAGGAGAUCCUGCGUAACCUGCGUAGUGUGGUCAGCCUGACUUUCUUGCUGGGCAUGACCUGGGGCUUUGCUUUUUUCGCCUGGGGUCCAGUCAGCUUGGCCUUCAUGUACCUCUUCUCCAUUUUCAACUCCCUACAGGGAUUAUUCAUAUUUGUGUUCCACUGUGCCCUGAAAGAAAAUGUACAGAAUCAGUGGAGGAGGUACUUGUGCUGUGGAAAGUUCCGCUUGGCAGAUAACUCAGACUGGAGCAAGACUGCCACUAAUAAUACCAAGAAAGUGAGUUCCGAUAACCUGGGAAAAUCCCUCUCCUCCAGUUCAUUUGGCUCCACUACAGCCAACUGGACGUCUAAAGCCAAAGCCACACUAAACCCCUUUGCCAGGCACAGUAAUACAGGUAAAAGUUUCUCCAAUCAGAGCAGUCCCAAAUGCAACCCUUCCGACGGAGAGGCUUCCUCGUCCAUCCUCCCUGUCCACCAGGUCCUGGACAAGGUAAAGGGUUACUGCUCCGUGCGCUCAGACAACUUCUACAAAAACAUUAUGAUGUCAGACAGCUUUAGCAACAGCACUAAAUUCUAGUGAGAGGAGGCUGAGACAGAGCCCUGUUCUGGCCCACAGACUUACCUUGUGUGUAAAGACUAUGCUACAUAUUGAGUUAAUAACCCUUCAAGCCCUUCCACCCUCCCCGACUGGAGUAGAGAAACGCAUAACCCUGUAGAGAGGGCAAGCUAUGAAAGUGUGGAUUUGACAUACUGUGAUAUUCAGCUUAUACUGACUAUGUGAUCUGUAAAUAUUCAUAAUAUAUUUUACUAUUUGUGCUUUUUCUAAUUUCGGUUUUGCAUACUUUUUUGCACAUUACUUUGGUUUUUGUUUUUGUAUAUAUAAAUGCAUAAAAGCUUGCUGCAGCAGAAAAAAAAUGGGACCAAUUUACAUCCAAAGACUGACUGGCAAACAUGAGGAGUACUAGUUAGUUUCUCACUUCGGGACUGAAAGAACAAGUACGGUUGGAGCUUGAAUUUUCAUACUUGUGAAUUUCACCUUGAUUUAGCUUUCUUUACCUUACGUUUAUUUUCAAUGUAAAUUAGUGAACCUUUAAUACUUCUAUUUUGCCAUUAUUUAAAUGCUCUCUAUUUUAGUUUUAGUCACAUGAUCUACUACUGAUUAACUUGUUACAGAAAAUGUUAGGUUUUUUUUUUUUUUUACAGUGUGUUCAUUGUUCAAGUGUUUCAGUGCAUGCAGUUUCAUAAAACUGCUCUAAUAGAAGGACAGGACAUCAAGAUCAGUCCUUUGCUAUUUGACGAUAGAAAGGAAAACAACAGCUACAGUAUACACCAAAUCUAACACAUUCAGAUCUUCCUAUUGCUGUAGUUUAAUGACUGUUUUGACUUGGUAUUUAUUUUAAAUGCUUUUAAGAGAUUUCUUUGCUUCAUUGAAGAAAAUGUCAGGAGAGGGAAUGCUUACAGAGGGCUUCUCAGUUUGCUCUGGUCAUCAGUGUAGAUCAUCAUUGUAUAGCGGUUAUGGAUGCUUUAUGAAAAUGUGACAUCCUGCAUAUUAAAUGCACUUAAAACAGA